GGAUGCCAAUAGAGCAAGCCACACUCGAUCUUCCUCCUCUGAGAGAGAUAGUCUAGCCCUAGAAAUCACAGGUGAAACAGACCAGAGAUGGCCGGUUCUGCUGCAACGUCGGACCAACCCUUCCAUGCUCGAUCCAUCAGCCUGACCUCGAGAACUCACCCAAUUGCGCUCAGAGUGGAGGAAGAGCUGCACAAGUUGAAGACGGCUGCGACUUCGAUGUGGUCGUCAGCAGAGAAGGUGUGCAGUGGAUUGAGAGGUGUUGGCGACCUCUACAGUUCCGUGGGAGAUCUUCUGCGCCUGCCAAGUCUUGAGCGGGCUGUCUUCAGCUCCGCCCAGAAGAAAAGGCUGGAAGAGGAACUGGAGAUAUCUGUCGUGUUGCUUGAUCUGGUUGACAACAUGAAGGAUGUGCUGGUUGCCAUGAAAGACCAUGUUCAGGACCUUAGCUUGACCCUCCGAAGACGAGGCAACAAGAUCACACAGGGUAAAGAGCGCAGACACGCUCUCACAGGGAAGGAGCUGCAAAAGAGUCUCAACAGGUGCUGCAAAGCGUCGAAGCAGAUGGAUGAGAGAUGUGGAUCGUUCGGGACAUUGGAUAGGGAUUCUGAUCUAUCGAUGGUUAUAAGAGUACUGAUCGAAUCGAGAGACAUCACCCUCUCCGUGCUUCGCUCUGUCCUGCAUCUCCUGUCCACGCCAUGGCAAAAGCAGAAGGGAAGGAGAUGGUCGAUCAUUUCGAAAGCUAUGCAGAAGAGAAAGGUGGCAUGUGAGAAUACACACGAGCUGUCAUUCGAUUCUUCUCUCCGGUGCAUCCUAAACAAACCUGUCGAUGAUGAGAGGAUUCUGCAAGCGCAAGAACAGUUGAUGACAGCAGAGGAGACCAUUGAAGCUGUUGAGACGGAGCUACAGAGCUUGCUUAGGAGACUCAUCCAAUGCAGAGUCUCUUUUCUCAACAUCCUCAGCCUCAACUGAUCUCGCCAAAACUUCCACCAUUGGCAACAUGUUUUGGAAGGAACUGUCAAUGCUCUCCACCUUGUCCAAUUUUUGUAAUCCGGAUGUACAUAUAUAUAAUGAGUAGAAAGCUUUGUUGGCUGCGUUA